GAUACAGCCCACCAUGAUGAUUUCCAUCAGCCCAACUUCACUGAUGCUUCAAUCAAUAAAGGUGGACCUAGGGAGCCUUGGCAUGAUAUUCAUUCCCGGCUAGAAGGACCUAUAGCUUGGGAUGUACUGUACAAUUUUGAGCAGAGGUGGAGGAAGCAAGGGGGGAAGGACUUACUUGUUCAGCUCAGGGACCUUGGUGACAUCAUUAUACCACCAUCUCCUGUUACGUUCCCAGAAGACCAUGAAACAUGGAAUGUCCAGUUAUUCCGAUCCAUUGACGGUGGUGCUGCCUUUGGCUUCCCUGAGACACCAGAGGAUGCAGCCCGGGCUGGGCUUGUCAGUGGGAAGGACAACAUCAUUGAUCGAAGUAUUCAGGAUGCUUAUAUAAAUGCCAUUAGACGAGCAAAGAAUUUCAUUUACAUUGAAAAUCAAUAUUUCCUUGGAAGCUCAUUCGGUUGGAAGGCAGAUGACAUCAAGGUUGAGGAUAUUGGUGCUUUGCAUCUUAUUCCAAAGGAACUCUCACUUAAGAUUGUCAGUAAGAUUGAAGCAGGGGAGAGGUUUACUGUCUAUGUUGUGGUCCCUAUGUGGCCAGAAGGGAUUCCAGAGAGUGGAUCAGUUCAAGCAAUAUUAGAUUGGCAGAGGAGGACAAUGGAAAUGAUGUACACUGAUAUAACUCAGGCCCUUAGCGCUAAGGGGAUCGAGGCAAACCCCAAGGACUAUUUGACAUUCUUUUGCCUUGGGAAUCGAGAGAUGAAGAAGGGUGGUGAAUAUGAACCUUCGGAACAACCAGAGCCAGAUUCAGAUUAUAGCAGAGCCCAGCAAGCACGGCGUUUCAUGAUAUAUGUUCAUGCUAAGAUGAUGAUAGUUGACGAUGAAUACAUAAUCGUUGGUUCUGCCAAUAUCAACCAGAGGUCAAUGGAUGGUGCUAGGGACUCUGAGAUAGCCAUGGGAGCCUACCAACCAUAUCAUCUAGCCAAUAGGGAACCCGCCAGGGGUCAGAUCCAUGGCUUCCGGAUGGCUUUAUGGUACGAGCAUCUUGGCAUGCUUGAUGAUUCAUUCGACCAGCCUGAGAGUGUGCAAUGCGUGCAGAAGGUAAACAAGAUUGCUGAGAAGUAUUGGGAUAUUUACUCCAGUGAUUCUCUGGAUCGCGACCUGCCAGGUCACCUUCUCUGCUACCCAGUUGCAGUAGCAAGUGACGGGACCAUCACAGAAUUUCCAGGGAUGGAACACUUCCCCGACACCAAGGCUCGCAUUCUUGGUGCCAAAUCUGACUAUCUUCCUCCAAUCCUCACUACGUAAAUGGGAUCGUCUACUUAAAGAAUCAUUAUCUUUUAUCUUCCUUUAUCACCGCAGACGCAGUAUAGUGGCAAUAAGUAACAUAUGCAUUGUAAUUUUCAAAUACUGUCUUUAUAGGUAUGCAACUUGUGAAAGGUGUUCAUGUCAGGUCUUUCAGAGUUUGGGUUUGUAUUUUGUGAUUCUGGUACUGACUUGUUACUAUCCUUUGUGGAGUUUUGUUUGUUCUACCCUUUUGUUGCUAUAUUAGUAUUGCUGGUACUUCAAAGAAA